CAUAACCUUGCUACCAAAAAUAAAGAAAUAGAAAGGGAGGUUCUAAAAUUACUCGAGAAUGUCAGAGGGAGAGGUGGUUGUUCUUGACUUUUGGGUUAGCCCUUUCUGCAUGAGGGUUAAGAUUGCACUGAAUGAGAAGGGAGUGAGCUACGAGGCAAGAGAGGAAGAUUUAUUUGGUGGGAAAAGUGAAUUGUUGAUAAAAUCAAACCCAGUUUACCAAAAGGUACCUGUGUUUUUGCAUGACGGGAAGCCAUUGAGCGAGUCCGUUGUGAUUGUUGGGUACAUCGAUGAGACAUGGCCUUCACCAGCAUUGCUCCCACCUUGUCCUUAUGGUCGUGCUCAAGCCCGCUUCUGGGCUGAUUACAUCGACAAAAGGCUAUUCGAUGCACUUGGUGGAAUUUGGAGGAGCAAAGGAGAGGAUACAGAGGUAGCAAAGAAAGACUUCAUAGAGAUAUUGAAGGUGUUAGAAGGAGCCCUUGGAGAGAAAGAUUUCUUUGGAGGGGAAAGUUUUGGUUUUGUUGAUAUAAUUGCAAUCCCUUUAACCUGUUGGUUCUUGGCUGUUGAGAAAUUGGCAGACUUCAGUGUGGAAUCUGAGUGCCCUAAAUUUGCUGCUUGGAUAAAGAGGUGCAUGCAAAGAGAGAGUGUUGCCAAAAUCAUUCCUGAUCCAGAAAAAGUCUAUGAAUUUGUGCUCAUGAUGAGGAAGAUGCAUGGGAUUAAUUAGUGAAACCAAUGCCAAAUUUAAUAUCAUAUUGCAUGCUCAAGAUGCAACAUUGAUUGUAGUUACUGUUUCUUUGUAAGUUUUUCUGUCAGUCUUGGGGAUUUACCUUUCUACUCUCUCUAAGGAGAAGGUAGGGAAAGGAAAAUGAUCGUUUUCUUUGAGUGCUUGUUCUGUUUUGCAAUAAGAAAGAAAUGAUCCCAUAGUUUUUCUAAUGUUUCAUCAAACAAUAGAUUUGUAUGUUGUGUG